AUGCAGCCUCUUCGAUCGCCUGGUCCCCGCCCCCCACAUGGUCACCAAUCCCAAAAAUUGGUGGAUGAACUUGCGGGGAGAGUAGAUGCCCUUGAGAAGUCGUCCCUCAAACCAUCUCGUCUGUCGCGCGGUGAUUCUACAGACCAGCUUGUUGGGCUAACGCCCAUAACCGAGUAUCCACGAUCGGAAGCCGAGCGACAAGAGGAUCAAGGACGCAGUUCACAUACCCUCAAGGAACUUCGAAAGCAGAUGGAAGAUCUUCUUGUAUACCAACAGAUGCAGCAAACCCAACCAGUCUUGUCCCAGAGUCCACCUUUCUCUACACACUCGACUGAUCCUCCAAAAAAGAGACGUUUGUCCAAUCCGUUAUCCAAUACCUCAACCGAGGCUCCAGCUGCCAUCGUGCAUACCUCCGCAGGCUCGGAAGGUUCAACAGGGACAAUCAAAGGUGCUCAGACAGAGACACUUUCUGAUCGCAGGCCAGAACGGACGCCUUCCUAUCCCUUUCCACAUAUGCAAAUUCUACACACACAGAUUUCACACACUCAAAACAAAUCAGUCAAAAUGGGGAUUGAACCAACAGCGCGUGGGGGACCAUUUAGAUUGAAGCUUCCAUCCGAGAAAUCUCUACCUCCAGAAUCAAACGCUCCCGAACCGCAUCCGAGUUUUCUGCCUGCUCAUCAUAGCCAAACCCAGGAAGAUCCAAAUUUUGUCAGUCCCGAUCUUUAUGAUCUGACACUUCAGCUGAAUGCGGAUUCGGGGCUCGAAGCGUGGUGGUCCAACCUCAUUGAUAUAAUGCAGACAUAUUACGGGGCUGAGCGUGUGUCGCUUGCUGUCCCUGGAGAUGUGACCGAUUUGGAGAACGUACCCUGGGGCCAAAAGGCAAUUUUUAACCAGAACGUGGAUAUAUCGUUGCAUGAACUUCAAGCGCGUCAUAUGGAGAAGGAAUCCUCAACAGAGACGCCUCAUUCACGCAAAAACGUGCAACAGAAAACCGAGGCAGUGUUCCACCAGGCUAAAGCGCCUGCACCCUCUCGGCCAUCUCUCUUAUCCCGGCACUCAUUCGCUGGAUUUGAUAAAAACCAAGGCCACACCCCUCACGACCCCAACCAACCACCAGUUUCAAAGAUAAAUAUCAAAUCCGAGAAAAAGCACGUACAUAUCGCUUCCCAUAACCCGCCAUGCACAGAUCAUUUGAUGGGAGAGAACCCCGAAGCCAGAGACGAUACACUCAACAGUCUUCUCGGCAGUAUGCGACAGGCUGUGUUCCCCAUACCUAGACCACUGGAGGUAGAGCCAGACCCGCUCAUCAAGCGUACAGGCGUGGUGAAGUUAUUCGGGCGUACCCGUCCUACCAUCUUAACACGUGAAUAUGCAGAAAGUGCUCAAUAUCCACAGCGUUGGGCCGAGUCAGUCGAAAGUCCCAAUGAGAUGGUUCAAGUUACUCCUGAUGUUGAAGGUCCUGAUGACAAAGGAAUCGGGAGUGUACCAGUGCAGCAAAGCCUCGGAGUCGCUGGGUUGAAACAUUAUGAUGAAUAUGAACAGGUUCCGCAGUCUCCGUGGUCUCAGUCCCCUGCUCCAUCACCCGCUCCCCGUACAAAUGCAGACCAGAAUCCCUUCUUCACAAACCAUUCGGUCGAUGAAGGGGCCUUCGCCAAGAAUCCGCCUUCACAUGACUACUCUAAUAAUCUUCCACUCGAGGCCAUUGGGGUCGAUCAGUCAAAGACUGUCAUCCAUAUUCCUCUCUUACAUGGUGGUCACUCAAGAUCUCACCGUCAUACCUCAUCGACAUUGAGAUUUCCCGUUGCUGUUGUGUCGAUGUUGUGCACAAUUGUUCCAUAUCCUCCUAAUCUCAGACAAUCACUUGCACUUCUGAUGCCGCAUUUGACAGCUUCUUUCUGCUUGGCUCAGCGAUAUAGCCAGCUUGAAAGACAGCUAUCAUCCAAAGUGGAAGCUCCUCGCUAUGGUAAUCUUUUAGGUCUCGGGGGCACUUUCUCGGAUGCAAGCAGUGAGCUAGAGCUUGUUGCCGGACUUAGCGGUCACGUCAGCUACUCCGUUGGCGACAACAACCCAAUGUCCGCGCAUGCGAGCAUGACUAGCCCUAGUGAUCGUUCGUCUAUGAAGUUCAGUCCUACCGUUUCUACUAUGGGAACCCCUGGGUUUGAUGUUGGCCAUCUUGGAUUCGGGUCUGCAAAUCAAUCUCCAGGGGUUACUUCACGACCUGGCGGCGAAGGUGCUGAUGGCUACUUCAAUGUUCCGCAAAAUAAAAGUACCCGAGACAAUGCGUCCCAGCACAGACCACGGCUCUCCAGGUCGAAGGCCACCACUGACUCGCCAGUUUCUCCCGACAAAAUGGCCUGGAAACCAACCAUCGGCGAUGAGAACAUCCUACAAGAUCAAUCUUUCUAUGUCACAUCACCAUUCCAAGAGGUCAGACCGUCCCAUACUUUUUCGCCAACCCAGCAAUCAUCACGUCAAGCGUCGACAAACUCGUUGUACGCCCAACUGCAACGGGAGCUCCCGCGUCCGUUCUCUGACACGAUAGCCCAGCUGAUGCUCAACUCGAUCCCAUUGCAUCUUUUCCUGGCGAAACCACAGAGUGGGGAAGUGAUCUGGACCAAUUCCAAGUUCGACGCUUAUAGAAGAAGUCAGCACCAGGAUCAAAGAUUCCGAGACCCUUGGCAGAAUAUCCAUAGUAGCGAGAGUGAGCAUGUUCAUAUCAAAUGGGCCAAUGCCUUGCGCACAGGUGCACAGUUCACUGAAAGGGUGCGUGUCCGAAGAUUCAAUGAUGAAUCGGCAUAUCGCUGGUUCAUUUUCCGAGCCAACCCGCUGUUAUCGUCAACAGGAGAGGUAUUGUACUGGAUUGGUUCUUUCCUUGACAUUCAUGAGCAGCAUAUUGCCGAGCUUGAAGCAAUUCAAGAGAGGGAGAAGUUUGCUAUUGAUGCAAAGUAUCGUGCAUUUUCCAAUUCGAUCCCACAGAUUGUGUUUGAGGCAACGGAGACCCGCGGGUUGAUAUUCGUCAACGAGCAGUGGAAUCUGUACACCGGUCAACCCCUCGAGGAAGCACACGAUCUCGGCUUCGCUAAACAUGUUCAUCCGGACGAUCUCGAAAAGUGCGGUGAGCUGUCGCUCAACAAAAUUUCUCCGAGCGCGGACCAGGAUGAUAGCAGACCUGGUGAGUUCCAAGUUGGGUCAGCUCUUGAUGAACUUGUGAAGCGCGGCAUUGCUUCAUUACAGCAAGAUGAGACUGGCCGAGUCUUCUAUUCUACUGAGAUCCGCCUUCGUUCUCGAGGUGGCGAUUUCCGAUGGCAUUUGGUUCGCCUGGUACGUGUCAAGACAAGCAGUUUCGGCAGCGAAGAAGCCUCUUGGUACGGAACAUGCACCGACAUUAAUGACCGCAAAAACCUCGAAAGAGAACUCAACAAGGCCAUGCAACAGUUGAAUCAUCAAAUGGAGUCCAAGACGAAGUUCUUCAGCAACAUGUCGCACGAGAUCCGAACCCCGCUUAAUGGAAUUCUUGGUACCAUUCCGUUCAUUCUGGACACGCAGCUUGAUAGCGACCAGAGGCGAAUGCUUGAUACCAUCCAAAACAGCUCGACUAACCUUCGCGAGCUGGUCGACAAUAUUCUUGAUGUUUCCCGCGUCGAAGCCGGCAAGAUGUCUAUGGUCAAAUCUUGGUUCCAUAUCCGAUCAAUGAUCGAGGACGUAAUCGAUACUAUCGCCUCACGGGCGAUAGACAAGGGACUCGAGAUCAACUAUCUCAUAAGCGAAGACUUGCCAUCAAUGGUGAUUGGAGAUCGGUUCCGAAUUCGUCAAGUCCUGAUCAACCUUCUCGGCAAUGCCGUCAAAUUCACUGCGCAAGGUGAAAUUCACAUCUCUUGUGGCAUGUAUCGGGAUCCAUCUGCGAAUCCCAAUGAUACCCAGGCAUUCAUGAACUUUGAAGUCGUGGACACCGGAAAGGGAUUCAGCUCUCAUGAUGCGGAGCGACUUAUGCAACGAUUCAGUCAGCUUGGAGAAAAUGGGUCACAGCAGCAUGCAGGUAGUGGUCUGGGGCUUUUCCUGUCGAAGCAACUUGUCGAAAUGCAUGGAGGCAAGCUCACUCCGAGCAGCAAAGAGGGCCAGGGAGCGAAGUUUUCUUUCUAUGUCAAGGUCGAUGCUCCUCCGCCGCCUUCCCCCUCUGAGCAGCCCAAAUUGAUACGCCAGAGUUCAACUGCUUCAAGAAGGCCGGUGGAGUCCAGAACGACCUCUUAUCAACAGGCACCUCCUCUAGCUCCCAGAAAUUCCGACUCAUCCGGCCAAAGCUACGAUACCACUUUUUCUGCUUCGUUCUCAAUCGCAUCAUCUGCUCUUCCGACCCCAGAUAUUGGCCCCGCGCCCCUGCCGCCUCCAUUGGAGGAGACAAGAGCUGUGAUGAAUAUGCCAGAUGUAGUCUCGGAUACAAGAAUCGAACCUGCUAUUACAGAGCCCGACAUACCAUCCCACGUCACGUCGCCUAAGUCUCAAUCAUCUGCCUCUCCAGAUACGCCAAUCGGACCGGUAUCUGUACCCGUUCAUGGUCCUUUCUCCAUCGUCAUUCUGUGUCCGCUCAAAAACUCCCGGCAAGCCAUAAAGCAACAUAUUGAGCAGGUCGUCCCUCAUGAGAUUCCGUUCAAAGUCACAACAUUACUUGAUGUUGAUGAAUGGAAAGAUAUGAUGCACUCUACUUCCAACGAGCCUUGCACACAUCUUGUUCUGAAUCUUCCAACAGAUGAUAUCUUGGAGGUUAUUCAGAACAUCGCAGACUCAGGCUCGGAUCCCGCGCCCGUCAUUGUCAUAAUUUCAGACCUUUACCAGAAGCGUCAAAUUAGCUCACGAGUCAAAGAGCUAGCAGCUUUAGGAAAGCAGGUUUUCAUUGUGCCAAAGCCUGUCAAACCUUCUGCUUUCUCGUCUAUCUUUGAUCCCAAUAGCAAGCGUGAGCUGAGCAAGGAUCGCAAUCAAGACAUGGCGCGCGAGAUCAAUAAUAACUUCAAGACUGUCUCCAAGAUGGUGAAAGAAGUUCUGGGCAACAAGGGUUAUCGAGUUCUGCUCGUCGAGGACGACGAAACCAAUCGAGAUGUCAUGUUGAAGUAUCUCGAUAAAAUCAAGCUGAUGGCGGAGACUGCAUCCAAUGGAUUGGAGUGCACCAACAUGGUGCUAUCUAAAGAGCCCGGAUACUAUUCUCUCAUCAUCUGCGAUAUUCAGAUGCCUAUCAAGAACGGUUACGAUACCUGCAGAGACAUCCGUGACUGGGAGCAAUUGAACCAUUACCCACAGAUUCCAAUCAUGGCACUUUCAGCCAACGCAAUGACAGAUCAAAUCGAAAACGCUGCCCGCGCAGGGUUCAAUGACUACGUCACCAAACCAAUCAAACACAAUGAACUGGGGAAGAUGAUGAUGGGUCUUCUCGAGCCUGGUCGCCCACUCAUGCUUCUGCGAGACCGUCUUGGCCCAGAACACCAACAAGCUAUCGCUGCUCGCCGCUAG